AGUCAAUUAUUUCACAACACUACACCUUAACCUCACAAAAGUAAAUAAACGGGCAAAGAUUGUGGAGUGACUGAACACGGAAAAAUGAUUAUAAAAAGGUUGUAUCAACCACUUGUGACACAGAUACGGGGCUGUCAUCACGGGAAAAAUAUUCUGAGCCUAAGCGACAGAGGAUUUUUUCAGGCUCUAUUUCCCGGCAAUGCUGAACCAGAAAUUCGGAAACGUUUCAUCACAAAACCGCAAACCAUUUAUGCUGGAUUCGAUCCAACCGCUGACAGUUUGCAUGUUGGCAACUUAUUGGUCAUAAUGGGUCUCAUUCAUUGCCAAAGAGGAGGACAUCAACCGAUUGCUUUGUUAGGCGGUGCCACUGGCCGAAUCGGCGAUCCAUCUGGACGUAAUUCCGAACGGAGUCUUAUGGAUGUAUCGAGUGUGGAACACAAUUUGAGUGCAAUCCAAAGGCAAAUCGAGACGAUAUUCGAAAAUCAUGAAAAGUUUUUCUGGAACAAGAAAUCGGCAGCACCGGCACUUAGUAGAGUCAAGAUUGUUAAUAAUGCUGAUUGGUAUCGGAAUUUAAGCGUCGUUGGGUUUAUUGCAAACAUUGGCCGGCAUUUUCGUUUAGGAGAUAUGAUUACGAUGUCAUCUGUUCAACAGCGUCUUCAGGGAGAUGGAAUGAGCUUCACCGAAUUCACGUAUCAAGUCUUUCAGGCUUACGAUUGGUUGCACUUGCUUAAAGAGCACGACUGCCGAUUCCAGCUUGGGGGAAGUGAUCAAAUGGGAAAUUUGGUAGCAGGUCACAGACUCAUCGGUCGUACUGCCAAAAAGUCAGUUUACGGAUUAACUUUGCCAUUAAUAACGAACGAGGAGGGUAACAAAUUUGGAAAAUCUGCUGGAAAUGCCAUUUGGUUGGACCAGGACAAAACAUCACCAUUUUCGUUCUAUCAGUUCUUCAUACGAAUAGCUGAUUCUGAAGUUGAGAAUCUUCUAAAAUUGCUCACGUUACUGCCACUGAAAGAAAUCGACGAAAUUAUGGUUCAACACAAACAGGUUCCUGAGCUCAGACAAGCUCAGCGAAAGUUAGCUCAACAAAUCACUUUACUUGUACAUGGAGAAACCGGACUUCAGAAGGCCGAAGCAAUUUCAUCGGCAUUGUAUAAAGGGAGUGUGGACGCUCUGGGAAAACUGAAUCUAAAUGAAGUAAAGGAAUGUUUUGCAGGAGCUGCUUUAUGUGAAAUUCUACCCGCACCAGGAAUGACAAUUUUAGAGGCUGCAAUGAAAUGCAAAUGCUUUGCAAGCGAACGCGACGCUAUGAGAAUAAUCACUGCCGGUGGAUUUUACAUCAACCAGAAUCAAACGAAGAAUAUUGCUGAGGUUCUAUCACCUUCCGUACAUGUGCUAGAAAAUGGAUUGACACUGUUUAGAGUAGGCAAAAAGAACUACUACAUUGUGACUUGGCUGUAGUAAACCAGUAAAUAAACCGAAGACAGAAACACCGUUCCUUUAUAUUA